AUGAUGAGCUUUUCGGUAUAUUAUUACCUACCAUUAAUUUGCUUCAGCAUAACAAAUACUAAAGCAGAUUUAUCAAGAUAUUAUGAUACUUAUGAAUGCAACGAGCCACUGGUAGAAGGUGCUAAACUCACUGCAACUUCUAGUUUAAGGGAAAGGGGGCCGGAGAAUGCUAAGCUGUAUGGUUUGAACGCGUGGACAGCAUCUGAGAAUGAUUUCGAUCAGCAACUAGUGAUCGACUUGGGAACUGUGAAGAACAUAACUCGAGUAGCAACUCAGGGCAGAGCUCACUCUCAGGAGUUUGUUCAAGAAUACCACAUCAGUUACGGUUCCAACGGUCUUGACUAUGUACGCUACAAAGCUGCAGGGGGUGAAGUUAAGAUGUUCGAAGGUAACCAUGACGGUAACACGGUGGUUAAAAACGAGUUCGAGGUGCCGAUCAUAGCGCAGUACAUCCGCAUCAACCCCAUGCGCUGGCGGGACAAGAUCUCCAUGAGGGUCGAGGUCUACGGCUGCGACUAUGUGGCGGAUACAUUAUACUUCAACGGGACAUCGCUGGUGAAAGUGGACCUCCUGCGCGACCCCAUCUCGGCAACGCGCGAGACGGUCAAGUUCCGCUUCAAGACGAGCGUGGCUUCCGGCGCGCUCAUGUACUCGCGCGGCACGCAGGGCGACUAUAUCGCUUUGCAGCUGAGGGAUAACCGCCUUGUGCUCAACAUUGAUCUGGGCUCGGGCACAUCCACAUCACUAUCCGUCGGCAGUUUGCUAGACGAUAACAUCUGGCACGAUGUAAUGUUAUCGAGGAACCGACGCGACAUCAUGUUGACAGUGGACCGCGUGGUGGUACGCGGAAGAAUCAAAGGAGAGUUCUCUAGGCUUAACCUAAAUAGAGCGAUAUACAUAGGGGGUGUGCCCAAUUCUCAAGAGGGCUUAGUAGUGACGCAAAACUUCACAGGGUGUGUGGAGAACAUGUAUCUUAACAACACAAAGGUUAUUGAGGAGCUUAAACAGGGCUACGAGAGCGGAGAGGCCUUUAAGUUUCAGAAAGUUAACACCCUGUAUGCUUGUCCUGAGCCACCAAUAGUACCAGUGACAUUCCUCAAAGAGGGAUCAUACGCCAAACUGCGCGGGUACUCCGGUGGGACUACGCUCAAUAUUUCCCUCGAAUUCCGAACAUAUGAGCUCCAUGGAUUGCUCAUUUACCAUAAGUUCAAGAGUGAAGGAUACGUAAAGGUUUUCCUAGAAGAAGGCAAAGUAAAGGUGGAGCUAUACAACGAAGGCUCAUCCAAAGCGAAGCUAGAUAACUAUGCGGAGGAGUUCAACGACGGGCGAUGGCAUUCUCUGCUGCUCACCAUGGCGCCGGACAGUCUUAUCCUUUCGGUGGACUACCGACCUGUUAAAACUACGAAGAAACUGAGGUUCUUUACUGGAAGUACAUUUUAUAUUGCUGGUGGCAAAGCCCCGCCCCGCGGCUUCAUCGGUUGCAUGCGCAAGAUUGCAGUGGACGGCAACUAUCGCCUACCAACCGACUGGAAAAAAGAGGAGUACUGCUGCCCCAAUGAAGUCGUCUUCGAUGCUUGCCACAUGAUUGACAGGUGUAACCCCAACCCGUGCGAACACAACGGAGUGUGCACGCAGACUGCGGAGGAGUUCACGUGCGACUGCGCAGCCACGGGGUACGCCGGGGCCGUCUGCCACACGUCACUGCACCCGGUAUCGUGCGCGGCCUACCAACAAGCGGGCGGCGCGGGCGGCGCGGGCGGCGUCGCUCAACAAUCCUCCACACAUCUCAUGCUGGACGUCGACGGCUCCGGGCCCCUGCCGCCCUUCCCCGCCACCUGCCAGUUCUACUCGGACGGGCGUAUAUUAACCUCAAUCCAGCACUCGGCAGUGCAGAGCUCUCAGGUGGACGGCUACCAGGAACCGGGCAGCUUUAGACAAGAUAUUACAUACGACGCGUCGCGCGCGCAGUUGGAGGCUCUGCUGAACAGGAGCCACACCUGCAGUCAACGCCUGGAGUAUCUGUGCAGGCAUUCCCGACUGCUCAAUUCCCCCAGUGACGAAACGAACUUCCACCCGUUUGCGUGGUGGGUGUCCCGCAGUGGACAGCGCAUGGACUACUGGGCGGGCGCCACGCCGGGCAGCCGCAUGUGCCAGUGCGGCGUGCUGGGCUCCUGCGUCGACCCCACCAAGUGGUGCAACUGCGACGCUGAGUACAGCCCCCUGUCCACCGAUGAGUUCCAAAUCGAUGGUGGUGAUAUAACGGAGAAAGAGUUCUUGCCGGUCAAACAGCUGCGUUUCGGAGAUACGGGCAGUCAUCUGGAUGAAAAACAGGGACGGUAUUCUCUGGGACCGCUGCUGUGCGAGGGAGACGAUCUAUUCAGCAACGCAGUGACCUUCCGCAUAUCGGAUGCCGUGAUAACCCUGCCGACCUUCGACCUGAGUCACAGUGGAGACAUCUACUUUGAGUUCAAAACCACCAAGGAGAAUGCCGUCUUGCUACACUCUAAGGGCCCGCAAGACUACAUAAAGCUGUCCAUCAUCGGCGGAGACCAGCUCCAGUUCCAGUUCCAAGUGGGGGACACUCCCCUUGGAGUAUCCGUGGAAACCAGCAACAGACUCGCUGACAACAAGUGGCAUUCCGUCUCCAUUGAGAGGAACAGAAAAGAAGCACGUGUAGUAGUGGACGGAGCGUUAAAGAAUGAGAUCCGCACAGCUAAAGACCCGGUGCGGGCUUUGCACCUCACGACCGCGCUGGUGCUGGGCGCGACGCUGGACAGGAAGGACGGCUUCGUGGGCUGCAUGCGGGCCAUGCUGCUCAAUGGCGUCCCGGUUGACCUGCGCUACCACGCCAGGCGAGGAGUGUACGGCGUAUCGGAGGGCUGCACGGGCAAGUGCGAGUCGUCCCCGUGCCUCAACAACGGCACGUGCCUGGAGGGGUACGACUCGUACGGAUGCGACUGUCGCUGGACCGCCUUCAAGGGACCCAUCUGUGCUGACGAGAUUGGUGUAAACUUGCGGCCGAAUUCGAUGGUGAAGUAUGACUUCCUUGGAUCCUGGCGCUCCACCAUCAACGAGAAGAUUCGGGUGGGCUUCACCACCACCAACCCCAAGGGCUUCCUUCUUGGCUUCUACUCCAACAUCUCUUCGGAAUACCUCACCCUCAUGGUGUCUAAUUCUGGACAUCUCCGAGUGGUAUUCGAUUUCGGCUUUGAGCGUCAGGAGAUCAUCUUCCAAGGCAAACACUUCGGUCUGGGCCAGUACCACGAUGUUCGCUUGUCCCGAAAGGAUAGCGGCGCUACUAUGGUUUUACAGGUGGACAAUUACGAAACCCAAGAGUACCACUUCAACAUCCGCGAGUCAGCGGAUGCGCAGUUUAACAACAUUCAGUACAUGUACAUAGGUCGCAACGAGACUAUGUACGAAGGCUUCGUCGGCUGCGUCAGCAGAGUGGAGUUCGAUGAUAUCUACCCUUUGAAGCUGCUGUUCCAGCAGGAUCCCCCGCCCAACGUCAGGUCUAUUGGAGGUCAACUCCACGAAGACUUUUGCGGUGUGGAACCAGUCACUCACCCCCCGGAGCCCGUGGAGACGCGCCCCCCUCCUCCUGCUGACCUGGGGGAUGACCUGGACUUCCACAGCACCGAUGAGGCCAUUCUUGGCACGGUGCUGGCGUUCAUCUUCCUGCUGCUGAUUGUCGUGGCGAUCGUGCUAGUGCGGGCCUUGUCGCGCCACAAGGGAGAAUAUCUCACACAGGAGGAGCGUGGUGCGGACGGCGCGGCUGACCCGGACGCGGCAGCCUUGGCCGCAGCCACUGGCCCGCGCGUCACCAAGCGCAGGGAGUUCUUCAUCUAGCCGCCACGCGACACCCACUCCACCACCCUCUCACUUACUCACCACACACGUCACCUGUUUGCCUUUACGCUGUAUCGCUGUUGCGGCUAACGGGAUUCGGUUUUUGAUUUGAAGCCUCUAUAGCUCAAUAUAAUAAUUAAAAUACAGGGUGUAACGAGAACGCUAGCAAAACGAAGACAAGCGAUAAAAAACGCAAACAAAAUCCUGUAUUUUUAAAACUUCACAAUAUAUU